UUCACAUAUCAUCUUCCUGUACAUUUUAGUUUUCGCAGUCACAGAAAUAAUUAUAUAAAUUUCAGAUAAUGAAUGAGGACAUAUGUGACUUAGAUGAAUAAUGUCAAGUGAGGGUCAGUAUGACAGUACUUUUAACCAAUUUACCACCAGAACUAAUCAUCAGAAUACUUGAAGAUCUACCCAGCAGAGAUAUAGGACGUUUAAGUCGGACCUGUUCACAACUAAGAUCAAUUUGUAGAACUGAUAUUGUAUGGCAGAAACUGUGUCAGCAAAUUUGUGAUAUAGCAGUGGAGGAAUGGAACACAACAUAUUAUAAUAUUUUUACAAAAGUUCUACACAGAUAUGGAAGAUGUCUUGGGUUAUGGAGAAGAAACAUGAGGCCCUAUGGUGGACUGAUGCAAGUUAAAGUAUGUAUUAGGCUUAAAUCUUCUUGUUUAUGUAUGAUUCUGUAUAUACAGGUAGACAAUGGCAGACUUUUAGCCACAGAAUACAAACCACCAUAUGUAUCAGACAUUCACGGUCCAUUACGACCUAAAAAAGUGUUUAGUAUCGGCAUAAAUAAAUUUAAGAAUCGAACAGAGAUACUGUGUUUACAUGGGUAUGGUGAGGCACAUCCAGGGAGUAUAGAAUUUGAAACAGAAGAAUCUGAUGUUGAAUUUAAGUGUUGCCAGAUGUCAAGCCAUGCUCAUCCUAAGGGCUCCUCUGUUGAGUUAUCUACCAUGAUUAAGAAGGAGACAAAUAACCACACCAUACCAUUUACAAUAGAUGAUCAGAAAAGAUUAGAGUGCUACAUGAAGAAUGUUCCAAAGUAUAGGCUGACACGUAUAGAAGUCCAGAGACCUGACCCAGUAUACCCGAUACAGCCAGGUCUGUUCCUAGCACAUUACAGAGCUCAUGGGAUAGAAAUGUUCCUGUUGAAAUAUGAUAUGAAUAAAAAAGAAACUGAGGUUAUCAAAAUUACAGGUGAUCCUAAUGUACCAGCAGGGGAGACCAGUAUCUACAUUAACUUACGUAAACCUAUGCAGCUGACUAAAGACCAACAGUUAGAUGUCAACAGUUUGUUACUGUUAGAGGAGGAGGAUAUACCUGAUUCAGAUGAUGUACAACCUAGAAACCAGCCAUUUGUGAUUCCUCCAGGUUUUUCCACCUUUUUAGAUGAUUUUACACCAUCGACGUGCGAGUACAGAUAUUUUGCCAGAGGACGUAUUGCAGGUGAUGAUUACAGGGAUCCAAACCUUAUUUCAGUCCAUGUUGUUCCUUUUGAGGCCCAUGGCGUUUUCUUUGUUUUAUGGUUCAAAUUUUGGGACAUGGACGGUUUCUACAAAAUAACAGAUAUCAACAUAUAAUACAAUUAAAAAGAAUGUUUUAAAAAAAUAUUUACUGUUAUUUUACAACUAAAACUAAAAAACAUAA